GGGCGGUGCGUGACGUAGGAGGAAGAAGACGCCAUUAGGGGCAGCGGGGCCGCUGGUUGUGUGGAGGUGUUUGCGGCUGUGUCUGCUUGUUGUCUCUCCAGCACUCCUUCCUCCAUUCCUUCCUCCCGCCCCCUGCGCUCUUCAUCCCUGCGUGCGGCGGCGUUCCGCGGCCGCAGAGCGGGGCGGUGGAUGUGAGGCGGCCCGGCGGGCGGCGGGGCGCGGAUGGCGGCGGGGGCCGGAGCGGCGGCGGCCGGAGGUCGCAGCUUCUCGUUCAAGGUGGUACUUCUCGGGGAGGGCUGCGUAGGGAAAACCUCCCUGGUGCUGCGCUACUGCGAGAACAAGUUCAACGACAAGCACAUCACCACGCUGCAGGCAUCUUUUCUAACGAAGAAGCUGAAUAUUGGUGGGAAAAGAGUUAACCUUGCAAUAUGGGAUACAGCUGGUCAAGAAAGAUUUCAUGCACUGGGGCCGAUCUACUACAGAGACUCUAAUGGUGCUAUUCUAGUAUAUGAUAUAACAGAUGAGGACUCUUUCCAGAAGGUAAAAAACUGGGUUAAGGAAUUAAGAAAAAUGCUGGGCAAUGAAAUCUGUUUAUGUAUAGUAGGUAACAAAAUAGACUUGGAAAAAGAGAGACAUGUUUCAGUGCAAGAAGCAGAAAUGUAUGCAGAGUCUGUUGGAGCAAAACAUUAUCAUACGUCAGCUAAGCAGAAUAAAGGAAUUGAAGAACUGUUUCUUGACCUUUGUAAAAGAAUGAUAGAAACUGCUCAAGUGGAUGAAAGAGCAAGAGGCAAUGGAUCCAGUCAGUCAGGAACAGCAAGGCGAGGUGUACAGAUCAUUGAUGACGAACCACAAGUACAGAGCAGUGGAGGGUGCUGUUCUUCUGGAUAGUGACAAAACUGUGCAUCACUGCCCUCUCAAUAUGAAGACUGCCAUAUUCCAAGUCACGCGUUCUUUACCAAUGGAGUAAUAGAGUUAACAGUAUUUAAAAAUAAUCACAUAUAACACUGCAGAGACCUUAAGUGCUAAACUAGUGGCGUCUGUGACCAGAGAAUUGGCAUUUUCUACAGUGGUUAACAAAGCAAUUACCAAUGGCCUUUUUACAUAUUUUUCUUUAAUGAGGAAUAAUAUGCAUGUAGAAAAGACCUACUUAAAGGCUUCAUUUAUAUUCUUUUAAAUCAGAUCAUUAUUUAAUAACUUAUAUACGUUGUUGUUGGAAUGGUAUACAUUUUUGCAGCUCUUUGUAUUUUGUGCUAGAUUGAAUUGUAUCACAUCUAAAAUGCACAUUGAUUUUUUUUUUUUUUUAAAUUAGCAGAUGUAUGAAGUAAUAUUUUUGCAGGGCCUACACAAGCCUAUAACAGUCAACUACUUUGAUAUAUUCUGUUCAUCCUGUAUGCCAAGCUGGUAAAAUACAUUGUAAAUUACCUAUUAAAUAUUUUAUCUGCUUUUACAAGUGCAGGUGCAGAAAUAUGUACAUCAGUCUUGUCAGUGAUUGUGAAGUGAAUAAGUCAGUGAAAAGAUGCGAGCUUUUCAUGUGUACUGUUGAACUGUUCAUUCUGUUUCCCAUUCCUGGAAAUUGAAAACAGCUUUUUGUUGUUGUAUUUGUAAACUCAUAGCUACAGUAUUUUUCUCUUAUUUCAAGCUUUUCUCUGGCAAGCAGCAGUAUUUAGAGUACCCCCUUAGUAGGAAGGGAAUGCUUCCUUAGGCUGCUGUUAAACACUGAGGCGUUUGACUCCCAGUUGAAACAGCUGGAGUGUGCAUUUAUCUUGCCUCUCAGAAUAUCUCUGGAAAACUGGAGCAAAUUUAGCCCUUGUCUAUCUGGUAGCCACCUAAACCAGAUGCAUGGGGAAACUCUUAAUCUGCAUUAAUACACGUGCACCAAGACAGCUUUAUUAAAAAAAAGAAAAAUUUAGCAUAAGUUUUUCUUGUGUUGCAAGGCUUGUGUGGGGAAAAAUGAAUUGGCAUUAAUUAGAACUGCUUCUGAGUUGGAAUCAUUACGUGGAAGGUAAGAAACUUGCCAGACACGAUUGUAAAUUUGGGAAUAGUAGACAAAACUGAACUUACUCUUGACUUGCUCUCUUACUUGUCAUGCUUUUUGAAGCCCACUUAAGGUUCUGGGAGGAGGGAUUUCAGAAUUAGUGUAUAAAUUACUAUCACAGAAGGAACACAAAUGGUGGUAGUUAAAACUUCAAAGUGUUUUGUGCUUUUUUUUUUUUUUUUACUUAAGUUGUCAUGCUUGGAAAAACAGUAAAGGUGAUGUCUAUGACAAAAUAGAGUAUUUCUUGGCCUUCCUUUUUCUGAAGGGUAGUAGUAUUAGUAUUGCAUAUAAAUGCACUGAAUGGUGUGAGUAUGUUAAAGUGCACAACAGGAGUAGUACUAACUAAUCAGUCUGACAUGUGAGGAAUGUCUUCAUCUGAUAUCUAUUUUCUCUGAAAUAAUAGAUGACUUUGCUACACAUUGGUCCUGAUGCUUUUAUUUCCUUUUUUUCUGCUUAAACUGGUUUAUAAACUCUCUAAAGUUAACAUCUGUGUGCUCUGCCCAUCGUGCAUUCAACCAUGUCGGGAAAUAUGGGUGUCUUCUUUGCUAGUGAAGACAAUACUGCAUGAGUGCACAGAGCCUUGAUCUGAUCGUAAAAUUCACAACUGUGUCAGUAUAGCAACACUCAAGUAAACAUUCUGACAUGAUAUCCAACUUCAGUGAGCCUUGUCAAAGUCAAAAACAGGUCAGUUUUUUUAAAUUUACCUUUAAAUACAUUCACAAGACAAGUAAGUCGUGUAGGUGAUACAGUAUUGAUAUGAGGAGUAAAAUUGGACCCUCUUGUUCAUGAUAGGAAUCUCACUGUAAGAGAAGCUCCAGUUUUGUUUUUUAUUCCAAUUUCAGUCUUUACCAAGUGUCAAAUAAAACCUUGACUAGGCUUGGUAAGUUCUCCUGAGCUGUGCGCUUCCUUAUCUAUCCCAGAGUAGGUUUUCUCUUCAGAGCAGAGCAUUCUCUGCUUUGUUGAAGUGGAUGGCUGCACUAACACGGACUUGGAUAAACACUGCAUGAAUUUGACCACUGUGAAGCAGUCUGCAGACAUGCAUUGCUGAGCUGCAUGUGGAAAAGUGUUCUGUAGUAGGGAUUUUGUGCGACUUCUGUUAAAUACAUAACUAAGCUAUGCUGAUGCCAACUCUUAAAUCACUUGCAAAACUAUUAGGCACUAAAGACUUUUGAGAGGGUAAGGAGGGUCUUUUAUACUUAAAAAAUAAAAUAUUCAGCUGCUACUAGCAAAAUACUUCUUUAAAAGAAAUUCUCAGAAGAUAGUGCUCUUAAGUCCAGUGAAGCUUCAACAUGACAGAGCCUGACUGGGAGUUCUGUUGUUUAAACUGCAGCUUGGCUGGACUUGAGUUGGAGAACAAGCCUGUUUAGCAAGAUGAUAUAUCUGAUAAUGAGUAUGAACCUCAGUGUAGUUCUUAAAAGUGUUAUUUCUGACAUGCACAUUACAACACAUCUAACAACCUAAUGUCUCAGGGGACUGUUAUAAAAUGUUAGAGACUGCAGUACAGAUUUAUAUGGCAGUUGUUUAUGAACACUCCUGCACUAAGACUGAUACUUCCUUGAGAGGAAGGAAAGGAUUGUCUCCAGUCACUGACUUUUCUUAGGAGCAGCAGUUUAAUUGCAUGAAUAGUAAAACAGAAGUCACUUGAAAGCUUGUUUCCUUAAUAUUACCUACUGACCUGCGGUGUUAUGUAGAAUACUCGUGGUUUCUUGAAGUUUGAAAACACUUGAUUGGACUAUGCAUCUAAAAUAAAAGGCUGGGAUGGUAGAAAUUGAGAGUACAUGUUCAAGUGGAGAAUGAAUUUAUAAAAGCCAGCUUCCUAGAUGAGUAAAGAUAGUGAGAUUGAUUUACGUAAGACUUGAAGUAUUCAUUCUUGCCAGGCAAAGUUCAACCAUUAUGGAAGAAUCACUUUUACUACUUACAGAUGAUACCUGUACUUUACAUGGAUUAAAUGUGAGAGAAUAACUUGUUCUUUCUGCACUUGAGCAGGAUCUUACUUGAGUGACUUAGUACUAAUUCUGUGUGUCCUGAGUUUUUUAGAAGUUAAAAAAUUGCCUUUGAAGUUUAUCUAGAUUGACUAGUUUGUAUGUACGUUGCGUGUAUGAAGAGGGUUCAAGAGAGCAAGUUGACAAAGUACAUCUGUUAAUGAAUAGUUAAUACCAACCAGACUCCCAGUAUGUAUGUCAACUUUAAGAAUGUUUGCAACCUUGAACAUGCCUACUCAGUAUAAAUUUUGAUAAGGAUAGCACGUGGGACUUCUACUGUACAAAUACUUUACUAAAGCUGCUCACAGUUUUGCUGUUACUAUUAAUACUUGAGAUACCUGUGAAGUUUUAUAGCUCGCUUAAAUAGCAUCUAAGAAACCUAAGUCCAAAGACAGUGCAGUGAUAUGUAUGUGUGUUAAGAGUUGGGUUUUGGAUGCUGUCUUAUUGUAUUACAGUUAUGAACUAUAAGCUAUAGGUCAGAAGUUCUAUGUGAGCAGGCAGGCAAGGAAACUCUAUUAAAUUAUUUCUGAUGCUUAGAACUUGGAAUUAUAUGUAAAGCUGUAAAGACUUGGGAGUGGUUCCUGGCUUUCAGUGGACUUGCAUAGAAUUUGAAGACCUAAUGACCAGAUGAAUUGCACUGACUAGACUCUUGAGACAGGUAAGUAAUUGAGUAUCACCUUGACUUAACACACAGUUCUCUGAUAAGAUUUACAUACAUACAGGCAUACUUUUUGGUGUGGUAGUAAGCAGGAGUCCCUGAGCCUUUCUGUUCUGUUACUUCUAUUUGUUCUAGCUAUUUAACUUAUUUAUUUGACAGCUCUUGAAACCUAUAAAAUUCCAUUUCUGUUCUAGAUUCAAAGCCAAAUGAAAAAGUCUUGCAAAACGUUAGGCAGUCAUAGAAGGUGGUUGGAGCCUCAGUGAAGUUCACAGAAAAUGUUGGUGUCAGUUUACAGAAGGUAAGAGGAGAGUGGGAGACCUGCUGGAAAAGAAAAUCUCCAGAAGCUGAAAGCAGAUAAGUGGGAUGAAUGGUGAAGUAGGGCAACAAGGAAAGUGGAGCAAACUGCCUCCAUUUUCUCUUGUGCUUUUUUUUUUUUCUGUUGUGGAGGAAAAAGGAGAAGUAGGAAAAACUGAAGGUGCCUGUGCUAAGUUAGCCAGUUCUUGGUGGGGCUGUUAGCGUGCCUUUCCAGCAAUGCUAGUCUCUUAAUCCAGAGCUCUUCUCAGGUGACUGACUUCCUAGGUUGAUUUUGUUUCUUCUGUGAAAUACAGUUUUUUACCUUGUUAAAGAGGUGAGUACAACUAACUUUGGGUUUUCAGGCACAGUGCUAGCCCAUUUAAAUCUUGAGCAAAAUAUAUUCCUUUUAAAGGAGGUAGUUUUAGUUCUGUUAAUCAUCACACCAGAGGCUGGGAUUUUUUUUCUGACUUGUCAGAAUGCAUCAUGCAAUGAAGUUAAUUGCUGUUGUGUCGAGGACCAACAGUGAAGACUAAGAUCUUUGGCACCAGUUGUUGCACAAUCUCAGCAGAGACAACCCCCAGAACAGCUCCCCAUUAACUUAAUGUGUUGCUCUUCCUUUUGUUUGAGGGGAUUUUUAUCAGCUCUGGCAUUUUUGCUUUGUUCAGGAUCAACCUGUUCCAUCUCACUGUUGUAGCUAUCUACUGAAUUUAGGCUGUUUCUAUGAGAUAUAAUGUAUGUUCUUUACAUUCUUGUGUUCUUGGUGCUGUCAUCAGCCACUAUGUGUAGAACAGAGUGAGACAAUUCUGAGAACUCUGGAGAAUCUGAAAUGUUUCUUCUAUCGAGCUGGAUUUAAAAGAGAGAAUGGAAUUGUCACCAUUACUACAAAGAGGUGGAAAAUAUUUUGGCUUAGAAAAAGAAACACUGUAAUCUGUUUUAAAAUCUCUUUUUUUUCCCCCAAACUAUUUCCACAAUGGGAAUUGAUUUCAAGCUGAUAUAUUUUGAUUUGUUUUUGUGAGACUACCAAGCUUACUAAACUUGGCUAAAAAUCCAUCGAUUGGCAUGUUCUACAGCCCUGAAAUGUCUGACUGCAGGGGGUAGCUGUGCACUCUCUUCUGAUGGACAGCAGAAGUUUCCAAAUAGGUGUCAGAAUGCAUUUUAAGGGAGAUAGUUAUGUAGUAAAUUAAUUCCGAGGGUCAAAUAAGAACAGAAGAACUUUUUAGGCAGUGACAAAACACUCAUGCUAAAAAUGAGAAAUCAAAGUGUGUGUUAGCAGGAGCGGAUCAACACAAGACAAAUGUGUGCUGAAAAUCACUAUAAGAAAUCAGCUGGGAAGUAUAAAAACCCUAAAAGUUAAAACUUCUUACUACUAUAUCUGAAAAUUAUUCUUCUGUAUAAUAAAUCACAUAAUUUGAAACUUGAACAAUCUGAAAUAAAGGGCCCCUUGAAAUUACUGGGGGGUGGGUGAGGAGUAGCCUGAUUGUAAAGAUUGAGGUUAUAUUUUUCUUCAUAUUACAACUUUUUGAACCCAUCUGAGCAUGAUCUGCUGAAAGAUGGCUUGAAGGUGCAAAGUCAGGUCCAGAAAGUCUGCUCUAAAUUAUGCCAAGAUACACCCUGCAGUAUGAGCGGGGGGACCCAUGAAAAUGCAGCUUUGGUUCUCCAACCUUGUCUUUUAGCAGCCUGCAAUAACUGAGAAGGGAGAAGCAGCUGCUGUUGAACUGCAGUUGCCAGUUCUGUGAACACGGAACCAAGGCCCAAGAAUGGGAGUUUACCAACAGCAUUGUGUUCAUAUAAUACUGAUGUCCCUUCUCUAUAAUGAAUGUUUGGUCUCGCUCCCUAGUGAAAGUUACUGUUCAGCUGAUGUUAAGGAUUCAGACUGGAUGGAUAUUGUGAAUGAAAAUAACAAGCAAAAGGAAAGGAGGGUUUGCUCAGCUGCUGCCUUAGUUGUUCUUAACUUCUUGAUUUGCGCUUUCCAGAAGUCAAUACUUACAUCCUACUAUCUCUGUGUCAGAGUGUAUUUUCCAUUUGAGAUAUUAAUUGAUCAAAGAAGUAAAAUCUUAAGAGCUUUUAGGAGUAAAUGUAGUUCUCCCAUUGAUUUAUUCUUCCCAUGCACAGUCAGUGCCUUACUAAAGGGGCUAUGUUAAAUGGUGAUGAGCGGAUGUGCUGCUUCUUGUAAUGCCCUGUAGUGGGAGUCCUGUGGUAAAUGUUUCAGAGAGCAAGGAGCCAGUGCACUUCUCAUGGCCAGCCUGCUCUCCAGUCUGCCAGCAAAGGCAUGCCAUUGCUUUGUGACAUUGCUUAGAGUAACCACAAAACAAUCCUUCAGUAUAAAAUGUGCCCAUUAGAAAUACUGAAGUUUAAAAUGCCAUUAGAUGAUACUUUGCCUGGUACGUUAUAAUAAUCCUGGCUGUCCUUCUAGUCUGUGAAUGCUGCAGUGCUUGGCACUGUGAGACAUUCAUGUGUUUUCAGGACUCAGGAAUUUCAGCUUGUAUAGAAAACAGUGAUCUCCAGAAUGGGUUACAAUGGCAAAUUAGAAAAGGAAGGAAGCCUCGUGUUAAUAACAGGCCCAUCCCUAGCACUGCAUUCUCAACAGUUAAGAUGAAAUACCCUCGUUUUAAAACCAUUGUUCCAUUAGUUUACUUCUCUUUCUGGGAGGUGUUGCUCUUUGAUCAUGUUAUAAUGCAUGCCUAGAAGUGGGUUACUACUACUUGUUUUUGCCUUCUGGAUUCCUAGCUUUGGCAAUACUUGUCCGUGCCAACCAGCAAACAACAGAUCAGUUUCUGUUUAGUCAUCACUCUCGGAUAGUUUCCAGCUACUCUCUCUGGAGGCUGAUGCAAUCACAAAUCUCUCCUUGUAUGGCAAAUACAGAGCAUAUUUCAUGUUGGUAUGUUCUGCUUGUUUUAUAUUUGAAAGGUAAAUUUUCUUGUCCCACGGAGCGAACAAAGUCAUUGUAAGCUUGCCAUCAGUUAUAACAACUGCAGUGUUUUCUUAUUCCAAGUCGUGUAUGUUUUGGGUUGUAUCAUAUUCUGGAAUUCUGUUCAUAUUUGAUAUGCCUAGGUUAAAAACCAUAUCAGGUUCUCACACAGAUUCACAGCUGUGGUCGUGUACAGGUAAAACAUGACAUGCUACAAUUGCUUGAAUAAAGCUCAUCUGGUGUACUGCCUUCACGCUUUACAUCUCCAUGCCUUCACAUCCAAAUGCAAAUAAAUGUUAGCAGGGAAAGGGAUUUCCUUCCUUGUGAUUUCA